UCAGAGUUGGAAUUAGUUUAUUAGACAGUGGUGCAAAGACCAACAGAGCAGAAGUGACCAUGCUGGGCUCUGUGAUUCUCCUAUGGAUCGGCUUCAGCCUCCUCUUCCUCCUCUUCAGAACUAGGAGGCCCAAAAACUUCCCCCCUGGACCUUGGCCAGUCCCGAUAUUUGGAAACCUGCUGCAGCUGAACCUGGUCAAUCCUCUCGAUGAUCUCAGAAAGCUGUCGGAACGCUAUGGGAAGGUCUACAGUAUCUAUAUUGGGAGCAAGCCAGCUGUGGUGCUCAAUGGUCUGCAGGCAAUGAAGGAAGCACUGGUCAUUCAGUCUGUGGAGUUGUCUGGACGACCAGAAGACCUUUUCAUAAAUCACCUAACAGAGAACAAAGGGGUUGUCUUUGCUUACGGGCCUGUAUGGAAGGAGCACCGGAGAUUCGCCCUAACAACCCUACGGAACUUUGGCCUGGGGAAACGAUCCAUGGAGGAGAGGAUUCUGGGAGAGGUCUCCUACAUAGCCUCAGAUUUGGAAAAUAAUGCAGGUAAAACUAUAGACUCACAGAUCCUGUUCCACAAGGCCUCAUUCAACAUCAUCUGCACUGUCCUGUUUGGGACUCGAUUCAAACAUGAAGAUGAGUUUCUCCAGCGCAACAUCCGCCACAUCAAGGAAAUCACAAAGAUUGUCAAUGGCCCCUGGGCUAUGAUUUAUGAAAUGUUGCCCCUGCUGAGGCACCUCCCCCUGCCCUUCCAAAAGGCCUUUCACAAUUUUAACAUGGUCAGAAAGUCACUGGCAGACCAGGUAUCCCAACACAAGGAGUCUUGGGUAACAGGAGAGCCACGGGAUCUAACAGACUGCUACCUUGAUGAAAUGGACAAGAGAGGAGAUGAUGACUAUUCCUUCAAUGAAAAACAGAUGAUCGGUUAUCUGAAUGACCUCCUCGCUGCUGGAACAGACACCACUGCUAACACACUCCUCACAGCCUUUCUGUACCUCAUGACUCACCCAGAUGUUCAGGAGAGGUGUCAGAAGGAGAUCGAUGAGGUGCUUGGGGAGAAGGAGCAGGCCUCUUAUGAGGACAGACACAAGAUGCCCUACACCCAGGCCAUGAUCCAUGAGACUCAGCGAGUCGCAGACACGGUGCCGCUCAGCGUCUUCCACACCACCACCAAAGACAUACGGCUGAUGGGCUACGAUUUACCCAAGGGAACCCUCAUCAUCCCCAACCUGUCCUCUGUGCUGAGUGAGGAAAGCCAGUGGAAGUUUCCCCACGACUUCAACCCCUCCAACUUCCUAAAUGAUCAGGGAGAGUUUGUGAAGCCAGAUGCCUUCAUGCCCUUCUCUGCUGGGACCCGGGUGUGUCUGGGAGAGGGUCUCGCUCGCAUGGAGCUCUUCCUGAUUCUUGUGACACUGCUACGCCGCUUCAAGUUCGUCUGGCCUGAAGACGGGGGGGUGCCUGACUACAGGCAGAUUUAUGGUGCCACUCAAACACCAAAACCCUACAGACUGGGUGUUAGACUAAGAGGCAGUUGAGAUUUUACAUUAGGUGGGGGUCAGGCCCCACCAGCAGAUGGCGCUGUAGUGCACAAUUAAUUGUAAUGCAUAUCUCUAAAUGAAACCCAAUGGCGAUUUAAUGCAAAAAUCAACUGGUUCAAUGAAGAAAACUCAUAUAACGGUCACAAUUAUAAGGGUGCUGCUUGCAGUCAUUUUCCUUGGAAAUCACAGCUUUGUGUGUGUGUAUACUUCAGGACCUGCAUUGACGGCAGGCUCCCUCUUGUUGUGUGUGAUGGGGCCCGCAGCUUUUCAGCCACACGAAGCUGCUGUGUGAACUGGAUAACUGCGAGCACAUGGCCAGUUGGAAAAUUAGCUUGGGAUGUAAGCCAUUGUAAAUGAAAGUACUACUGACGUGAAGAUUUUGCCAAGCAACUUUGUUGUACGUCGCUCUGGAUAAGAGCGUCUGCCAAAUGCCUGUAAUGUAAUGUAAUGUAACUUGCGGUGGGACUUUGCCUAGGAACUUGCGAUGGCAGCAGGUUCAAUUCCCAGGUUGGACACUGCCGUUGUACCCUUGAGCAAGGCACUUAACCUGCAUUGCUUCAGUAUAUAUCCAGCAUUAUAAAAGAAGGUAAAAAAUAAAUAAAAUGCUAUGUAAAACCAUUUGUCCAUUUGUCUGUUAAAUGACUGUAAUGUAAUGUAAUUGUGGUUAUACAUGCAAUUAAAAAAAAUGUAAUGCCAUUUUACCAUUGGAGGCAAAACUUGAAAUUAAACGUCUGGGACCGUAUAGUCCCACAGUUCAGUA